CUGUCAGUCAAGGAAAGGCCGUCCCUGGUUGUGGUGAUAGUUUGUGAAUCGCGCGCAGACACAGAAUAUUUUCGAGUCUCAGUUGGAUACAGAGUAUCCCAGAGUGACGCUUCAAUACAGUGUUCCCUGAGUUAGUAACUGAUUGAGGGGUAUCCCCAUCAUGACCAAGGAGCAACUCCGGCCCCGGCUCUGUGUCAUCGAGAAAGGCCCGAGUGGAUACGGCUUCCACCUGCACGGGGAGAAGGGCAAGACCGGCCAGUUCAUCCGCCUGGUGGAAGCGGCCUCUCCAGCUGAGCGAGCGGGGCUGCGGGCCGGCGACAAAGUGAUUCAGGUGAACGGGGACAGUGUGGAGCAGGACAGCCACCAGCAAGUGGUACAGAAGAUCAAGGCGGUGGCUGAGCAAACCCGGUUGCUGGUGGUGGACAGGGAGACGGACGAGCUACUGAGGGCCCGGGGGCUAGUGUGCAAGGAGGAAUACAUCAACGGCAUCCCCGACCCCACGGAAUCGGGUCAGGGGCAGCAGGCGGAGCCCGAAGAGAAAAGCCCGGUAGCCGAGACCAAAGCGGCAGACACUGUGUCUCAGAGCAGCAGCGAGAAGGACAUGUCUGACCCCCAAAAGGAGCUGCGUCCUCGUCUCUGUCGUAUGCAGAAAGGUGCUAAUGGUUACGGCUUCAAUCUGCACAGUGAGAAGUCAAAGGUCGGUCAGUAUAUCCGGGCUGUGGAUGCUGACUCUCCUGCAGAACGUUCCGGACUGCUGCCUCAGGACCGCAUAAUUGAGGUCAAUGGUGAAAAUGUUGAAGGGAAGCAGCACUCUGAUGUGGUGACAGCCAUUAAGACUGGUGGUACAGAGACCUCAUUAUUGGUUGUCGAUCCAGAAACAGAUGAAUUUUUCAAGAAAUGCAAAGUUUCCCCAUCAGUUGCACAUCUUACAGGUACUGGAGCAGCUGUCCACUCCAAGCUGCAACUUCUGGGUUUGUGGACUGGCUAUGGGACACUGCCACCAAAGAAAGGAUUUCCAGAUUGGACCCACCAUGCUGCCAAUACUGAAGCCAACACCGACGCCACUGCAUCGCCACCAUAG